AUGUCUUUUAUUUCUCAUCAUGUCACGAAGCGAAAUAUCGGUUUACCGAAACUAAAAAUUCAUCAUCAAGCCGAUAUUUCGAAAGUGCGCAAGUUUGUGCCUUUAAAUAGUGGUUAUAGUCGAUGUAACGUUUCGGAUAAUGAUCCGUUUGUCAUCGAUAAAGAGAAAAGACGUCUUCUGAGAGGAAAAGUUGUAGGACCGUUUAAGCACGCUCCAGGUUGGAAUGAAAAAUUGGCAUCGGAUAGUGAAGCAAUGGUAAAGGCUGAACGUGAACCAGAUUCAACAUCAAUUGAUGAACUUCAACGUGAAACACUCACAUAUUUAACGACACAUGACAAUGAAAAUGAUGAUAUUGUUGUUGAAACGUUUAAGAAAGAAGUUGAAGUCAAACAUCAUGAUAAAAGUAGUGAAGUUUCCGAAUCUGCUGAGUGGAAAAUGAAUAUUAAAUGA